UCCCAUCCUGUCCUCACUCAAUCCUGUCCUUCAAUUCUUCACCGGUCUCUCUCAUUUGUUCUUUUACUCAGUUCAUUCUGCCCGUGAAGCUCCCUGAUCCCCUAUACUAAGUGUCAGUGAAUCUGCACUACUAUUCCCUUCGACAAUGGCUGCUACUGGAACAUUUCGUAUGGUGUCUGAAGAAGAGCAGGCCAUGAGGUCAAAGCUGGAGCAUCUGACAGUGAAGGACCACGGACCUGUGUUUGGACCCUGUACUAAACUGCCUCCACACACAAUACAAAAGGCAAAGGAUGAACUAAACGAGACAGAGGAAAGCAGAGUGUCAUCUUUGAAGGGGCUGAGGGUCAUGAUGAAAGAAAAGGCUGGAGAGGGGGAUGACCUUGCCAAGAUGGUGCAGGAGCAUUUUGGGGACAAACCCGACUCCUUGCUGCUGCGCUUCAUCAGAGCACGCAAGUUUGAUGUGACCAGAGCCCACGAACUCCUAAAGGGUUACGUGCGUUUCAGGAGGGACUACCCUGAGCUGUUUGAAAACCUGACCCCUGAGGCAGUCCGCAGUACCAUUGAGGCAGGCUACCCUGUAGUCUUGCCCAAGAGGGACAAGUAUGGCCGUGUGGUGAUCCUCUUCAACAUUGAGAACUGGGACCUGGAGGAGGUUACAUUUGAUGAGACACUGCGAGCAUACUGUGUGAUCCUGGAGAAGUUGUUGGAGAAUGAGGAGACCCAGAUAAAUGGUUUUGUCCUGAUAGAAAACUUUAAGGGUUUCACCAUGCAACACGCAUCUGGCAUCAAACCCACUGAACUCAAAAAGAUGGUGGACAUGAUGCAGGACUCGUUCCCGGCCCGUUUCAAGGCAGUGCAUGUGACCCACCAGCCCUGGUACUUCACAACCACUUACAACGUUGUCAAACCAUUCAUGAAAAGCAAGCUGCUGGAGAGGGUAUUUGUUCAUGGUGAUGAGCUAGAUGUCUACUUAAAGGACUUUGACGCCGACUUCCUGCCUGUAGACUUCGACGGGAAAGCCCCCAUUGCUGACUACAAGGCCAUAGCUACUAAGCUUUUUGGGUCAGAGGAUACAGCGCUCUAACUCUUAUAUUGUUUCCUAACAACACAAUGGCUGUAUAUAGGCAGCAACCCAUUCCAAAACCUACAACAGCUGGCACCUUACCCUGAAAAGUUAAAACUGACUAUAUGGGAGUUUCUAUCAUGACGCAUAUAGGGAUAUUCUGUUCCAUCAUUUCUUCCAGGGGGCAUCAAUAUAAAUGUCUUGAGUUAGGAGGCCAGCAGUUGAUUUUGGACUGGGUUAUAGAAAUAAGCAAUUAGGAAUAAAAAAAAAGACAACAUGGAGAGUAAAAGUACAGAAUGUAUUUGUAAGCACAGAAAAGUGUAUCUCCUCCAUAUGCAGAAGUUGAACUUUCAAACAAGCAGUGGGUAUUAGACAAUCCCUAGUGUAAGAACAUACAGAAUAGCAUUUGUUGAUGGUGAGACAACUUAACCGCUUAUUACUGUUUAUUACUGUUUUCUUAGCCUUAAAGGGUAUAAUUUUUAUUGUGCCUAGACUCAUCCUGCAAAAAAUAACAUAGAAUGUAUAUGGAAUAUAUUGAUAGAAGGACAAUAGAGCUAUGUAUUUAUAUCAAACUAGUUAACUAUGAAAUAAGAAAACAAAAUAUCAUAGAUGGUCUGUGAAAAAGUCCAAUUAAGUGAUUGCAAUUCCUGAACAAAGCCAUUGCUUGAAUGCCUUGUACUAUGGCAAUGAAUGGUGUGCCUAUCUUGGAUUACAUCUCUCUGUUACACCUGUUUCUUUAAUUUAUGGAAUAGGUUCACUAAUCCUGAAUUUACCUAACAAACCCUUAAAGAAAAAAAAUGGAAUUAGAUAAUGUUGAAAUAUAUUCUUGUUCUGUGGUAAAGACUAUUGUCACCUGCUGAAUAUCCAUUAGACUUGUUGUUAAAAUAUAUUUUCAAUAAAAUAUGUUUCAAUAUUG